AAAGUGGGAUAACGAAAAGCAGAGAUAUAAGCGGUCGGGCGGUGACGGCGUUUCAGCAGACAUAGUGGCGGACUACGAGGAGCUGAGCACCCUAUCGCAGGACCUCUUCGCGGAGUACGAAAACAGUACCGAGCUAGCAUGUUAUCUGCAGGCGCACCUGGAUGCACAAGCCGAGAUUCGAUUCGAUGGAUGUCCGAUCAAUUUUGACAGCAUCCUGUGCUGGCCAAAGACGGCGAGCAAUUCCUGGGCAGUGCUUCCAUGCUUCAAAGAGUUCAAAGGUGUCGCUUAUGAUUCACGGCAAAAUGCCACCCGCUACUGUCAUCCGGACGGUAAGUGGGACAACUACAGCCACUAUACGGCCUGCCAUCACAUGACCGAACCACCGCCGGACAUAGUCGAGGUCACAUCGAUCAUCUACUACUCCGGGUACAUUGUUAGCCUAGUUGCGUUAAGUCUCGCUGUGAUAGUUUUCGUCUACUUCAAGGAUUUACGUUGCUUACGCAAUACGAUUCACGCAAAUCUGUUCAUCACCUACAUCCUGUCCGCCCUGAUGUGGAUUAUCAUUCUGACGUUGCAGCUCUCCGGUAGCCAGAGCGGCAUCACCAGUUGCGUAAUUCUUGUCACCCUGCUGCACUACUUCACGCUAACCAACUUCUUCUGGAUGCUGGUCGAAGGGCUCUACCUUUACAUGCUGGUUGUGGAAACGUUUUCUGGUGAUAAUUUGCGAUUUAAUAUGUAUGCAGCUAUUGGCUGGGGAGGUCCCGGAGUGUUUGUGGUUCUGUGGGUCAUUGCCAAGGGCAUCACAAUUUCCGGACUGAAUCAAACGGCCACGCUGGAAAUCGACUGUUCCUGGAUGAGGGAAUCGUCCGUAGACUGGAUCUUCCAAGGACCCGUUUGUGCGGUGCUCAUCAUCAAUCUUGUGUUUCUCAUUCGAAUUAUGUGGGUGCUAAUAACCAAACUCCGUUCGGCCAACACAGUCGAAACCCGCCAGUACCGGAAGGCAUCGAAAGCACUGCUGGUACUGAUCCCGCUGCUCGGCAUCACCUACCUGGUGGUCCUGGCCGCACCGUCCGAGGGUGUCGUGAGUGACAUUUUCGCCGUCGCUCGAGCACUGCUACUGAGCACGCAGGGCUUCUCGGUGUCGCUGUUCUACUGCUUCCUAAACUCCGAGGUCCGGCUUGCCCUCCGGCACCGGCUCGAGCGAUGGCGAGACGAGCGGAACAUCCGGCUAGGUCAGGUCCGGCAGCGAAGUCGCCGAUUCACCAACUCCGGCCUGUCAAAGGAAUGCUCGCCUCGUUCUAGAACUGAAAGUUUCCGGCCACUAACCUACAGCAAGCGGGAGAGCUGCGCGUCUUCGGCAACUACGACCACCCUGCUCGGACCACCGGUGGGGUCGCACGGUACCUAUCCGAGCUCGAUGCGAGGCUCCAAUGGCGCUCUGCAUCUGCAUGCGAUGGCACCGAGGGCCAUCAGUCCACUGAUGCAGGGUCUGGACGAGAACUCCGUCUAAGCGUGAAUCGGCACCGUCAUCGUUCGGGAACUUUCUUUUCUGGCUCUAGCCUUCAAUACUGGUUGUCUUCAUUAUGCUGGCUACACUCAACGAAUCUCUUCCAUUUGUUAUCGUAAAAUCAAUGUCUAUGCUUCACGCUGUAAGUUAACUUUGCCAUGGGAAGUAACAAAUGCGAAUACGGAAGUCUGUAAUAUAGAAUAACCUGAUGUGUAUGGAGUCUCUUGUUGGAUCAUCGUACCGAGCUGUGUGCAUGCAUAACUAGGAAAAAUUGUAUUUUCGAGGAAAUAGGCAAAAACUUUUUUAAAUUGUUAUAACUUUGUUAUUCUACUUAUUCAGAGCCUAACUAGUCUAAGGUUGAAGUGAUGAGCGCUUUUGAUCGAAUUCUGCCGUGGAUAAUUCAUAUUUCAAGAGAUAGAUUUUCGUAAAAGGGUGUUUUACUAUUUAUAGGUGAUUUUUGAAAGUCUAACGGACAUAUAUGUAACUAGCCCACCUUGAGAAGGUGUGAGACGGCGAAUACUUAGUAAAUGUGAAAUAAAUUUCAAAUACAUUUCUUGGCGGAUAGUCAUUUUCAAGGUAUGUACAUCAAUAACCAAGAACAAACAUGGAAGCAGUAAAUAAUUCCUCUAUCUUUAUCAAUGUUGAUGUCAGGCAAAUAUAUACAAUCUGUAACAGAUACACGAACACAUUCUUUACAAGUUAUUUUUUCAAUGAUAUUAAUAAACUGUCAACUAA